UCUUCGACUUUUAGCUGAGGUUCCAUGAAUUCGUUUCGUUCGUUCGUACGUGCGUAGUUUGUAAAAAUGAACGUUGUAGCGAAAUCCACUAAUUUGUCGCCGUUUUUAAAAUCGGCAACGACCGUCGUUUCAAAUGGAAUACAACCAGUGUCUGGAAGUGGUGUUGUACUGAAACAAAAAAUUGUCACUAAACCUGUCGUUCGACAAUUGAUCGGCCAAAGUAUGCUUGAAUCUCUUAUUACAGGACCUCUGCGUGUAAGCUCAGGAAUUGGAGCGAGCUUAUUAGUAACUCAAAAGAGAUCAGCACAUACAGAUAUUAAAUGGCCAGAUUUUACUGACUAUCGUCAGGAGUCGGUGCAGGACCCAAAAGUUAGAAGCAGAGAAAGUGCAUCUAGCCGUAAAACAUUUUCAUAUCUGCUGACAGCUAGUGCUGGAGUUUGUGGUGCUUACACUGCAAAAUCAAUUGUAUAUGAUAUAGUAUCCUCCUUAAGCGCUUCAGCAGAUGUCUUAGCUAUGGCAAAGAUUGAAGUUAAACUGGAUAGCAUUCCUGAAGGCAAGAGUGCUGUUUUCAAAUGGCGUGGAAAGCCCAUAUUUAUACGACACAGGUCAGCAAAAGAAAUUGCAAAGGAGGAAUCAGUUGAUAUUUCAAUUCUUCGAGAUCCACAAAGAGAUGCAGAUCGUGUAAAGGAACCAAAAUGGUUGGUUGUAUUAGGUGUAUGCACACAUUUAGGAUGUGUCCCAAUUGCCAAUGCUGGCGAUUUUGGAGGUUAUUAUUGUCCUUGUCAUGGUUCUCAUUAUGAUGCAAGUGGAAGAAUUAGGAGAGGUCCAGCACCUUUAAAUCUAGAGGUUCCAUAUUAUGAAUUUCUAGAUGAACAAACGCUACUUAUUGGUUAAUAUGUUAGUACACGUAGUCAAAUAAUAACAUAAUUUAUAUCAGAAAAUGUUUUACAAAUAUUUCGUUAAUUCCCCCUGAAAUUCUUUAAUAAGC